AUGCGCUACAUCAUCUUUGACGAGCCACCAACUGCGACCCAAGUGAUCGAGCGCGGUGAGAGACAGACCACCAGCAGCGAUCCAGUAUGGUAUCCACACCAGAUCGAGCUCGUCUUCCCUCCUCCUAGGCCUGCUGCCUCACCCGCGGAUACACCCCGUACGAGCGUGCUUCCCCGUGAUCCCGAUGUCACAGCCGAUUCGACUCAACUUGUGGCUGGUCUGAGAUGGGUCGACCGAGAUGAGUCGUUCUCGAGAAUGAUGAUGCCUUGGGGUGCUCCUGCCGCGACGGCGGGGACGGCCAUGGCUGAGGAGGACGAGACACGGUUUGGAUCGACGAUCCUCGAGGAGGAAUCAAAGGAAGAAUUCAGCUUGGCGUCAGGUGAGAGUUUUUCCUGGCGAACAAUGUCGUACCAGAGCUGACCUCGAACGCGUGUGAGCGCAAUCACCAGCCGUGUUCCCACCUCCAUCCCAACUGCCCCCGGGACGAGCCUCCCACGAAACCCAAGCUUCCGACCCGACAACCCACGAACAAGCGCAGCACAUCUCCGCCUCCUUCCUCAGCUCGGCCUCCACCGCAACGCCGACGACGCGCCCCGCCUCGCAAAUCGACGUCGGUCUGCCGCCCACACUGCACUUGACCCUCGCCUCCCUCACUCCCUUUGACCGCUUCCACUCCCUCCUCCAACACACAACGAACGCCAUCCAUCGUCUCUCGAUCCUCUGCGUCGCCAUCGACAUCUCCGGACCUCGAACCGUUGGACCAGGAGGGGAUCUGCAGCUUUGGGAAUGGACCGCUUUGGACCCGCUCAGUGCGCCGAGUAUGCCGGUCAAGAUCUCAUUGUGGGAGGGCGUGGGCAGGACGUUGAGUCAGGCGACGAGGAGAGGGGACGUCGUUCUAUUGACGAGUUGAGUUCCGACAAGCCGCGGUACAGUCGAAAUCGUCGCGAUACGUGUAGCUGACUGCUUCUUCAUCCCGAACCCCCUCGCACAGAAAUGACCCUCAAACUCUACCGAACCAAUUUGCAACUCUCGACCUCUCGAGAAACGCAACUCCAAAUCUGUUGGAGGACCCAGGUCGUACAAGAGUAUGACUUGUUGUUUCGAUUCCACGAGUAUUGGGCUCAACAAACCAACGAGGCCAAGACGGUGUUGGCGAUGAAGGAUGCCUAUAGUAGGUGGUUGGGAAGAUAG